AUGUUGGUUGAACUGCGACUUGACAAAUACUCCCUAGAACGGGAUGUAGCUUCCGAGGCCCCGGAAGCCUCUGCGACUGAAUCCCCAAAGCAGUGUAAGGCCUCGGUGGCGGCCAGGGGCGGAGAAAAGACGGCGAAGGACUCAGGGCUGAAACCAACGCACUUGACCACGCUUGGGGAGGGAAGCAGCCGCCCGAGACCUCACUUACCCUCGGCGCCUGGCGGGUGCUUUGGCCUCGGGCCGCCUCCGCCUCUCCUGCUCCCAACGGCCCACGGACGGGCGCGGGAGCCCCGCGCGGGAGAACAGGGGCGGCUUGUGCGCGAAGAGAGGCAAGGGGCUCCGCCACCGUCAGAACCCGCGACUCCGCUGUGGGCCGCCGCCGCCUCCUGCGCCGCCGCUUCCGCCGGUGAAUGGUCAGCGCUGGAGUUUGAACAGGGCCCUGAACCAUCUCAACGCCAUUUGCGCUCCCGGCCCCCACCUCCUUCCUCCAACAGCCGCUCGCUCCGUCACUCCGCUUCCCACAGGCCCCGCGCGGCCGUCCGACCCCACAGCCAAUCGCGCGGCAGCUUACUCAAACCGCCGCGCAGGCGCCGCUCCCCGCAUGCUCCGGCGCCCGCCAUUGGUCCGGCCGCGGCGCCCGACGGGAGUUGUAGUCCCGGUCCGCGAGGUCCCGAUACUCGGAGCGGGGCGCGGGAGCGGGUGGCGGGAGGAACGGUCGUGGCGGGUCUGACCCGCCCGGGCUCGGGGGCCAGUUUCAGCUCCCGGCCCUGCCGGGAGACCCAGGUGCUGCGGGGGAGGGCCGGGGCCUCAGUGCAGGCAGCUGUGUCAAUCGUUUCCCCCCCAGGGACACGCCGGUGUCUAGGGAGGAUGGGUUGUGCAGCUGCGCCAGGCCUGCUGGGGCCGCGGCCCGGGAUCGGGGAGGUGGGGAGCUGGCGGCUCGGAACCGCCCUCAGCCCGGCCCGGCGGAGGCUGGCCCAGCGCAGGCACACCAUUUGUAGUGUGACUUUGCAGCUCCUUGAAGAAUCUGGGCUGUAACUUGUAACUUGGGUUGGCCGAAAGAACAUGGCAGAAGAGAUACAGCUCUGAGCUGGAGUCUUACGAAAACUUGAACGAUUCCACAUUCUUUCUUGGAUCCCUGCCUCCACAAGGAGAGCAGGCCUGGGCUAGCCUGCUGGAGGAGGAGAAGCCACAUGGAAAAGAGCUGAGGUCAUCGUACACCAGUCAAUAGUCAGCAGACCCCAAACAUGCAAGCCAAGCCAGGAUUAGCAUAGCCACCUACCCAACCUGCAGCUGCCCACAGAUGCCUGUGUGAGCCCACCUGGGGCCAGACCAACUGCCCAGAUGACUUUAGACUCACGAGCAAUAAUAAAUAGUUAUUAUGUUAAGCCUCUGCAUUUUGGAGUGGGUUGUUACACUGCAUUAUUGUGGCAAUAGAUAAUUGAUGGUUAAUGACCCCUCCUUUGGUUCUCAGGCUCAGAAAAGCCUUCCUGACUACCCCGGCAAACUAGCUCAGUUUCCCAGUCUAUAAUACCACAGACUAAUACAUCACUCUCCAAAAUGAUUUGUUUACUUUGUUAUGGGUUUCCCAUACUAGACUGUCCUUACAUGUAAGGACAGAGGCCUUGUCCAUUUUGUCCCCUGCUGUAUGUCCUCAGUACCCAGCACAGUACUGCUCUGUUCCACUUCAUGUCCACUGAGCACUAAAAAUGUGGCUAGU